AUGGCGACGCAGGAAGAGGAGGAACUCUGUUUCCCGCAACUCGCCAACAGCUCCUGCAGGAAGCUGACGCUUCACUGGUCUAAAGCUGUGCUCCUGAACACUGUGCUGUCCUUCGUCUCUCUGUCCACUGUCCUUCUCAACCUGCUCAUCAUCAUUUCAAUCUCCCACUUCAGGAAGCUUCACACCACCACCAACGUCCUCCUGCUCUCUCUGGCGGUCUCAGAUUUCCUUGUGGGUCUCCUGUUGAUGCCCGGAGAAAUCUUUCGAAGCACAGCCUGCUGGUUUCUUGGGGAUGUCAUAUGCUCUCUCUAUUGCUACCUGGUCUGUCAAAUUGUCUCUGGUUCCAUUGGAAGCAUCGUUCUCAUAUCGUUUGACCGCUAUGUAGCCAUUUGUCACCCUCUGCAUUAUGCCACCAGGAUCACUUUGGGGAGAGUCAAGUGUUGUAUCGGUCUCUGUUGGCUCGGUGCAGGUUUUUACAGCAUAUUUUACGUGAGGGAUGAGCUGAUUCAACCGGGCAGGAGCAAAUCCUGCUUCGGAGAAUGCACGUUCGUGAUAAGCUACGUGACCGGGACCGUCGACCUGGUUCUGAAUUUUAUAUUUCCGGUUUCGAUUAUCGUGUUCUUGUACGUGAGAGUGUUCGUGGUGGCCGUGUCUCAGGCCCGCGCCAUGCGCUCCCACGUCACGGCCGUCACGCUUCACUGCUCAGUGAACGCAGCAACCAAAAGGUCAGAGCUGAAAGCAGCCAAGACUCUGGGCAUUCUCAUUGUUGUGUAUCUAAUGUGCUACUGUCCGUAUUACAGUUACUCCGUUGUUGAAGUUAAUGUGACCAGCACUGUGUAUGCCUCAUUUUUGAUCUUUGUCUUUUAUUUUAACUCCUGUCUGAACCCUUUGAUUUACGCCCUGUUCUACCCCUGGUUCAGGAAAGCCAUUAGGCUCAUCAUCACCCUGCAGAUACUGCAGCCUGGCUCCUGCGACGCCAACAUACUGUAG